AUGGCUCCAUAUUUAAUUCACAGAAGAUUGCGACAUAUUCGCUCUAUAUCUAUCCACAACCUUUCCUUAUUUGAAAAUGAUAGCCCGUAUGCCAAGGAGCAUACAAUCUUCCAUCCAAUACCUUGUUUUAUAUCAAUUCAAACAUUGAAGAAAGAUGUCCUUUACGUUAGUGAAAUUCAAUCUGGAUCAAUGCAAAAUAUCAAAUUUAAUGAACUUCCUCUGAAUGGGAACUCAUUAUCGCAUAUAACACUGAAUAUUCAUGUUGAAAUCCCUGAUAAGUUAUUGAAUCAAAAAGAUGACGGACAAGAGAAAGCGUCCUGGUGUACUCUCAGGUCGUUGUAUAUUGAUUUGAAUGCAUUAAAACCUGUUAAUAUAAAUGAUACAAGUAUAAGGAGCUUAAAUACACCAAGUCUAGAGAUGGCAGAUGGGACUUAUAUUAUGCAAGGAGUGAAGACGAAGAAGGCUGUAUUUUUUGACCAACCUCACAAGAGAAAAAUAAGUGAGCCGAAUAUGAAGAGAUCCUUCACCUUUAAUUCAUUAUUAAAGAUGAACAAAAUGCUGGAGUAUCUAGCUCGAAUAUCUGAAGAAUUGCAACUGACAUCUGCUCAACUUGAAAAACAAAUGGGAGUUACAGCAAGAAAACCAUCUUGGCAUACCACUCAACUUCAAAUAUAUAAGGAUCAAUUGAAUGAGAGCCUGUCAACCAAACGAAUUAAAAUAAAAAGACUGAAAAGAUCAAUUGAAGAAGAAAGUGACGAUAUAAUAAAGCCUUUGACGGAAGGAACCGACAAUAGAUCAAAAGAUGAAUAUGGAAGCACAUUUUCAAAUCUAAUACAAAUAAGGACGCAAUUAGAAAGAAUUAAAAUCAAGAAAUUGUUUCAAUUGUUAUGCAUUUUUCAAAAUACACAACUUUUUAGUUCGGAUGAUGAAAUGGUAACGCUUGAUAAGACUAAAUUAACACCCACCAGCAUAUAUGAGGGAAUAACUCUAAGUGUGAUUAAGAAAAGUACCUUGCAAAAACUAGAAUUGGGAACAGAGGAUGAUUAUACGUUUUUUAAUGCCAGAUUAGGAUAUUAUCUGCUUUUUAUUUACGUUAUUGCCAAUAAAAUCUACAAGAUUUCGUUACCUCAUUCGUUGCACUAUUGCGGGAGCACUUCAAUUAUAAAUUACGAACGUCCUUUGCACCUUGUCAAUUCGAAGAAUAGAAAGAUACUUAAGGAGACAGAGGAUGCUAUAGAUUAUUUUAAUAAAGAUAUAUUACAAACUAUACAGUAUCUGGAACAUCAUUAUUUAAUAUAA